GAGGAGUACAUUUAUAUGAACAAAGUGACAGUCAACAAGCAACAGAAUGCCGAGUCCCAAGACAAAGCGCCCCAGGAGCAGAGCCCGCUGAUCAACGGGGAGCCCGGCCGGCACUCCUCGGCCCCCCAGAAGAGCCUGCCUGAUCUCCCACCACCCAAGAUCAUUCCAGAGCGGAAACAGCUCCCCGUUGUCCCAAAGGUCGAGUCUCCAGAGGGCUACUAUGAAGAGGCCGAGCCUUAUGACAUGUCCUUAAAUGGUCAUUCUGGCAGAAUUCGUCCUACCGGAGCCCCUAGAUGGGUGCAGGUGCCCGAAGGAGUCGUGUAUGCCACCAUCACCCUGGAGGAUGGAGAGGCCGUGAGCAGCUCCUAUGAGUCCUACGAUGAAGAGGAAAGCAGCAAGGGCAAGUCAGCCCCCUACCAGUGGCCCUCGCCCGAGGCCAGCAUCGAGCUGAUGCGUGAUGCCCGCAUCUGCGCCUUCCUGUGGCGCAAGAAGUGGCUGGGGCAGUGGGCCAAGCAGCUCUGUGUCAUCAAGGACACCAGACUCCUGUGCUACAAAUCCUCCAAGGACCACAGCCCGCAGCUGGACGUGAACUUGCUGGGCAGCAGCGUCAUCCACAAGGAGAAGCAAGUGCGGAAGAAGGAGCACAAGCUGAAGAUCACGCCGAUGAACGCCGACGUGAUCGUGCUGGGCCUGCAGAGCAAAGACCAGGCUGAGCAGUGGCUCCGGGUCAUCCAGGAGGUGAGCAGCCUGCCUUCCGAGGGCAUGUCCGAGGGAAACCAAUGCGUCCCAGAUACCCAGCGCCUCAGCUGUCAGAAACUGGAGAUUGCUGAGAAGUACCUGUUAGCCGCUGAGUAUGGAGGCUGCAUAGAUGGACACCCUGAGGUCCCAGAGACCAAAGAUGUCAAGAAGAAAUGUUCUGCUGGUCUCAAACUGAGCAACCUAAUGAACCUGGGCAGGAAGAAAUCCGCAUCGCUGGAGCCUUCAGAGAGGGCCCUUGAGACAUCCAGUUACCUGAACAUCCUGGUGAACAGCCAGUGGAAGUCGCGCUGGUGCUCUGUCAAGGACAGUCACCUCCACUUCUACCAGGACCGGAACCGGAGCAAGGCUGCCCAGCAGCCCCUCAGCCUGGUGGGCUGCGAGGUGGUCCCAGACCCAAGCCCAGACCACCUCUAUUCCUUCCGCAUCCUCCACAACGGGGAGGAGCUGGCCAAACUCGAGGCCAAGUCUUCUGAGGAAAUGGGCCACUGGCUGGGCCUCCUGCUGUCUGAGUCAGGCUCUAAGACAGACCCGGAAGAAUUCACCUAUGACUAUGUGGAUGCUGACAGGGUUUCCUGUAUUGUGACUGCAGCCAAAAACUCGCUGCUACUGAUGCAGAGAAAGUUUUCAGAGCCGAAUGCGUACAUUGACGGCCUGCCCCUCCAGGAGCGGCAGGAGGAGCUGUACGACGAUGUGGAGAUGUCAGAGCUGACCGCAAUGCUGGACCCCACCGAGGAAGAUACCCUGGGGCCAGAUGCUCCAUGUGCAAGCAAGCCUGACCGAGUGUACCUGGACCUCACGCCCAUCAAGUCGUUCCUCCACAGCUCCGGCAGCAUUCAAGCCCAGGCCACUUCCCCAUCCUUGCCCUGCCUGGACGACCCAGCUGAGGCCUUCCCUGUGGAUCCAGGCCCUGCCCCAGACGAGCCCUGCAUAAAGGCUGCAGAGACCCCCGAGGAGCAGCAGAGGCGGUGGGAGAGUCCGGAGCCUGAGGAGCCUUGCCUGAGAAUCACCACCGUCAAAAUCCAGACCGAACAGCAGAAAAUCUCCUUCCCACAGAGCUGCCCUGACACAAUGACCCUGACCCCCGCUGGGGCCAGCCCGCCCGGGAAGGACAGGCUGCGGGCCACCAGUGCAGAGAUCAGACUUGGCAAGAACAGGACAGAAGCUGAGGUGAAGCGGUACACAGAGGAGAAGGAGAGGCUGGAGAAGAAGAAGGAAGAAAUCCGGGGACACCUGGCUCAACUUCGGAAAGAGAAACGGGAGCUGAAAGAGGCCCUGUUAAAGUGUCCAGACAAGGGAGCCCUGGCCAGCCUGGAGCAGAAGCUGAAGGAAAUUGAUGAGGAGUGCAGGAUUGAAGAGAGCAGGCGCGUGGACCUGGAGCUCAACAUCAUGGAGGUGAAGGACAACCUCAAGAAGGCUGAGGCAGGGCCUGUGACACUGGGGACCACUGUGGACACCACUCACCUGGAGAGCGUGAGCCCCCGACCCAAAGCUGCCAGCCCCAUCCCUGUCCCAGACUGUACUCCGGUCAACUCGGCGACAGCACUCAAGAACAGGCCUCUUUCAGUCAUGGUCACAGGCAAAGGCACCGUCCUCCAGAAAGCCAAGGAAUGGGAGAAGAAAGGAACAAGUUAGGAAAUAAGCUUCAUCCAAGGACUAUCAUAUCAAUAUGGACCUUGGUGACAAUCCUGCUUCGUUAAAGUCUACGUUAAAGCAGCAACUCUGUGAAAGGGUGCGUCUGAUUAGAAGAAAAAGCAAGGACUGGGGUACCAUGAAUGGAGAGCUUUGGCUAAGAGGAGGCUCGAUUAUUUUCCCAGAGCCAAGGGAAAUAAUACAACAAGAAUAUAACAAGAAAAAAGCUUCUUUGGAGACUUAAAUCUAUUGGAUGGACACAAGAAUGUUGUGUUUAGGAAUGUUCUGUUUUUUUCUUUGAAAUUUUCAUCAAGUACUUUAUCAAGUAGUGAAAAAAGCUUCUGAUGUUGAGACUUUGAAGGAGGAGAAAUCAAGGUAGCAGGUCCUUGUCCACUGGUAUGUGGCUUUGCUGACUGAGAAGACCUAAACGCCUGCCCAUCAUCUCUUAGCCAAUACUUUAGCAGGGCUGAGGGUUCACCUGCCCUUGCUUUCCGUUUGGUUCUGAUAUUUGCAGGCCCAACAGCGGCAGUCUACAACAUGCUUUUUGAGAAACUAUAACGGGAAAAUAUUUGGGACUCUGCUGAGGCACUGUCCCCACUAGGUCAUAGGUCAAGGACAUUGUUUUUGUCCCAGGGCAGGCCUGAAUCAACUACUUUUAGAUAAAAUUUCAAGUGUAUAUAUAGAAAAAUGUUUAAAAUUCUGUAACUUAGAAUGUCUUUUGAGAUUUAACUGACUUUUUAUAUUACCAUAGAAAAAACUAUCCUUUGUUUACAGAUUCAGUCCUGUGGCCAGGUUGUUUUUAAGGGGAGAGUUAUUUAAUAUAAUGCUCUCCUAGUCCCUGUUUUUCAAGUUGUAUCACUAUCCAGGCCCCUUCCAAGAAAAAAGUAGUGAAUUUUGGUUUAGAUGAUCUCCAUUUUUCUCUUAAAGUUGGUAAUGCUGUUCUUUGGGCUGCCCCUCCCUAUCUUUUCCUUAGAUGGCAUUUUUUUUUUUUUUUUUUUUUUUUAACA